GGUGCGGGGCCGGGCUGGCGCUGGUUGUGCGAGCAGCGCGGAAAGGCGAGGCGAGGGGAGGCAGCGUCUGUGGCCGGGCGGGGGAGAAGGAAGGCUUCCCGCAGCGCGGCCGCUUCUAGGGAGCUGGGCACGCGUGCGGCCGCUGCCUGCGGGCCGGGGCCUGGCCGCUGCCUGCGGGCCGGGCCGGGCCGGGCCGGGCCGUGCCGGGCCGGCUGUGGGGCCGGGGGAUGCCCCGCUUGCCCGCCGCAGGCUGCAGGACUCCAGCCCGUUCUGUCCCAGAGCCUUGGGUUCUCUGAGAGCCGCCGGUGUCUCCGCAAAGAAAUGUCGUUGUGUUCUAACAAUUUACUGCGAGGCAAAUGAAUUAGUUGUGAGAUCCUUCUCCAAGUUUUCGUCAUAGGAAAAGAUUAAAUAACCCGAAAGUUUCUCCUUUCCUCUCCUUUCCAGCAAGUGCAGCAGCACUUGCUAAUUCUUUAUUCAAAAUAGAAAGGACUGUUUCUGUAUUAUAAGAUAGUUAAGUAUUUGGCAUAAUCAGAAAACUGUAAAUCAAAGGUGAAAGUACUUCCCAUUUAUUAACUCUGCAAGUAUUAAACUGUGUGUAGUAAAUUGUGUACACAAUACAAAUAUAGAAAGUUGUGUGUAUACAUACAGCUUGUUUUAGGGCACCACAUGGAGGCUGUAUGGGACUAUUUGUCAGCUGCUCUUGGAAGCAAGUAAUAAAGUUGUUUCUGCCAGCUGUCCUAGUACUGGCAGUAUUCAUAAAUGCUGCCUUGGUGUCCUUUUAUCUGUCAGUGCCGUAAGAUGGGAAGGAAUUAUCAUAAGUUGCCCUACUAUAUCUCAGAAGUUGCUUUACGAAUGAUGAUCUGACUGCCUUUUCUUGACAGAUACCCCCCAAUGGCACACAGCGCCGAGUUCCCAUGUACAGCUUGAAUAAUCUGCUCCAUACCUGGCUUCUCUUGGGAGCUCAGUUUUUUGCCAGUACUUCUAAUCUGACACUUCACCAGAGGCACUUCUGAGAGUUUCUCAGUGUUUUUUUACCACAUAAACAGGGGAUCAUAGGGCACUGCUAUUAUGUCCUGGGUACAAGUAGCAGUCAGGCAAUCCAAUGAGGAUAUAUUUGAUGAAGAUGCAGAUGAGAUGUAUCUACUACAGAAGGAAUGGAACAGCACUAUGAAAAAGAGAUUGCAGGAAGGCUACAGGGAUGGAAUUGAGGCCGGGAAAGAACUUGCACUCCAGACAGGCUUUAAUCAAGGCUACAGACACGGUGCCGAGCUGAUGAUUACAUGUGGCCAGUUGAAAGGAACCCUGAAUGCUCUCUUAUCCUGGUGUCAUUUUAAUGGACAUGACUCUGCUCUAAGUACAAUAAAUAAUCUUCUUGAUGUGGUUGGAAAGCAUGAAGAUUAUGUGCUUAAGUAUCUGAAUUCUGCUGAAGAACAGGCACAUCUUGGACACAUUUUAAACUCAGUUCAGGACAUGGACCUUAAUCACACAGCUGGGACAGAGUACAGGGAAGUUAAAAAUGGAAAACAUAACAACUGUGGCAGCUCCGGUGAAAACAUUUGUAGGAAUAAUGGUGAGGUUGGUUCCUUGCAGUCUGAGUGCAGCAAGGCAAACCUCUGCACAGAUCCUGAAAAGUCAACCCUUGCUUGGGUUAAAAUGCAGACUCUUUGGUUAGUAGAGCAUCUGGGCUUAUCACUGGAUGUACUCCAUCAUGUCCAGCAAUUGGAACAUUAGUUUUUCUGUCUCAUGGUACUUAAAACUGUCACAGCUGAUUUUGAUUCUUAGUUUGUGGGCCAUGUACAGGCUGAUGCAUCACUUUUGCUUAAAAAAUCUAAUUUUGAUGCUUUACAGUAGAAGUCAUUUUUGUGAAUCCUUGCCAUGGUUCUGGUUCUGGGCAAAACCCUUCACUUUCAACCUUAAAGGUAACAUUCACAGAAAGGGGUAGUGACUUUAAAGCUUUAGAAAGACUUACUAAACAUAUUUGUUUUGUGUCAGGAGGUCCCAUUUCACCUCAUUUUUUUUCUUGGCAGCAGCUUGGAAAUGAAGUGGGUCCACUAAAUAGCCCCUCUGAAUUGGUCCCCUGCAAUAUCAAAAAAGAAUAAAAGCUCAGUGCUAUGGAAGUGGUCAUUGUUUUUGCAGAAUAAGCUGCUGUUGAUGAUAUGCUGCUGAUUCCUAGAGUACUGUGACUCUCUAGUCACUUUUUGUCAAAUUCUAUGUGUUAUCUUUUCUACCCAUGAUGCAAUGCCCUUUCACAGUUAAAACUAUUUUUCCCUUCUUAUAGAGUUAUAUUUGUCACUUUUGCUGAAAAUACACCAUUUUCCUCAAAUACAGAAUUGCUGACAAUUCAUUAUUUUACUUUUAGACAUCUACUCUUACCAUGUCAGACCACACUAAACAUGCUUCCAGUCUAAUGAACAUCCUUUUGUUAUUUUUGUAUUUAUUUUGUCAGUCCAUCUAACCUGAACUCUUUCCUACAUUCCCAUAAUGUUCUUCUCAAACUCUUCAAGGAAGCCAAGCUUAUUCACUACCUCUUAGAAACACAUCUGCCACACAUGCCUAUUUCUGAUUAUUUGUAUUUUUGUAACUAUUCUAUAUUUGACUUGCUUUCUGAUUGCUUCCCUUCACUGUAGCUGUAAAUUGCUCUGUUCAGGAAGUUUUUUUCUUUGUGAAUGCAUCUGUUUUACAUUAAUUAAACUGAUUUAUAGUAAGUUCCCAGCUUGCUCGUUGAAAGUUUCCUGUAACUCAUUCAUAUUGGAGACAAAAGAAGUCCAGACAUAGGCAAAGUAAGAAUUUGAACAGUAAACUAUAAUUAAAAAAAAAAAAUCACAAAGCCAUUUCAUACUUAGAGGCAAAAAAAAAAAAAAAAAAAAAAAACCAAAAAACUAAGGCAAAAAUUCCUUGUUUUUCAGAGCCUGAGUUUAUACAAUAUUCUUACUAAACACUCCGUUACCCUGUCAGAGUUGGCAGACUGUAAGUUUGGUUUCCUUUCAGUACCACUUCUGCUUUAGGGGUAAGCAGAACUGCAGUUCAGAGUCUUGGAUUGAAUGCAUUUAUGAAGUAGUGGACAAAGAGGGGUGUCUGCAUUAAUUGUUUGUAUACAAAAAUCGUUCAAGUAACUUUUCUUCAAUUUAUUUAGCAUAAUAUUGAAAUGAAUAAACAUUACUUUUCUUCAAA